UUUGUGGUCCAACAACUUAAGCACCUUAAGAUCCUUCCCCACUUCUGUUUUGAGGGUCCUUCUCUUCCAACGUUUACUUUCACAUCUUCUCCUCUUGUUAUAUCAUUCAUGUGAGAGAAAGAGCGAGAGAAAGAGAGUAAUACUUUGAAGAUGAGUGUGAGAAGAAACAACGCAGACGGAAAGAGGAGUUUAAGAGAAAUGAGUGAGGAAGAGGAAGAAGACGAGGAUACAUUUGAAGAAGAAGACAACGGAGGAGAACAGGAACAAGAAGAGGCUAUAGAGAAGAAGCAGAAAGGCAGAGCUACAAGUAGUAGCACUAGUAGUGGAGUUUCUUGUCAGGUCGAGCGAUGCACUGCGGAUAUGAGCAGAGCCAAACAGUACCACAAACGACACAAAGUCUGCGAGUUUCAUGCCAAAGCUCCUGCUGUUCGGAUCUCUGGUGGUUACCAACGCUUCUGCCAACAAUGUAGCAGCCACCAAAAACAAGAAAAAGAAACAUUUAACUUUGGUUUUACAAGGUUUCACGAGCUGCGUGAGUUUGAUGAAGCCAAGCGGAGUUGCAGGAGACGCUUAGCUGGACACAAUGAGAGAAGGCGGAAGAGCACAAAUGAAUAAAACGGCCGUGAUUCUGAAUGUUAAUGAAACAGGCUUUGCUUGCUCUCUUCUGUCACUCUCUUUAAUUAAGCUCCUUGUAAUCUUAUGUGCCUCUCUCUCUCUCUGUUUCUCAAUAAUGUAUGCAAUCAAAAGCUAUCUGCUAAACCUAAGACAUUAAUAAAUGCAUUGAGACCAA